AUGAGCCAGAAUCGUAGUUCAUCGUUUUCGUCCUCAACAACAUCAUCUUUGGCCAAGCGCAAUGCACCUGCAUCUGCAUCAUCCUCAAACAACAACGCCAAGAAGGUUUUGGCUAAGAAGCGAGCACCUCUCACUAACCUCACCAAUCACAUUGCUCCUCCACGCAACUCAGCCCAAUCAUCUUCUUUGGUACCAUGCGGAACUAAAGUUGCAAAGACCAAGAAAGAGCCUCUAGCAUGCACAACUAGCUCAGCAAUUUCCGGCAAUAAAAUACCCAAUUUGCCCAAUGUUAAACCUGCUACCGUUGUUUUUCCUAAAGCUACUUGUUUCCCAGAAAGGAUUGAAGAUGCUCCGUCUGUUGCCACCGUCACUGUUCAUGUUUCAAGCAACAUGGAGUUUUCGCCGAGUAAAUCAGAUGGGAUGUCAGUUUCUAUGGAUGAGACAAUGUCUUGUGAUUCUUUCAAGAGUCCUGAAAUUGAAUAUCUGGACAACAGUGAUAUUUCAGGACUCGAUUCGAUUGAGGGAAAGACGUUGAAGAAUCUUAACAUCUCUGAUACUGCAGAGCAAGCAGGCGGCAACUUGUGCAGUAGAGACAUACUUGUUGAGUUGGAAAAAACAGACAAAUUUUUCAAUGUUGAUAAUAAUUACAUGGAUCCACAACUCUGUGCAUCCGUUGCUUGUGAUAUCUACAAGCACCUACGUGCAUCUGAGGCAAAGAAAAGGCCUUCAGCAGACUUCAUGGAGAAAAUUCAGAAGGACAUAAAUCCCAGCAUGCGUGCUAUAUUGAUUGACUGGCUUGUGGAGGUGGCUGAAGAGUACAGACUUGUACCUGAUACAUUGUAUUUGACAGUAAAUUACAUAGAUCGGUAUCUUUCAGGGAAUGUGAUGAAUAGGCAAAGGCUACAACUACUUGGUGUUGCUUCCAUGAUGAUUGCCUCUAAAUAUGAGGAGAUCUGUGCACCUCAGGUGGAGGAAUUUUGUUAUAUAACUGAUAACACGUACUUCAAAGAUGAGGUUUUGCAGAUGGAAUCUACUGUCUUGAAUUUUCUAAAGUUCGAAAUGACAGCCCCAACAAUUAAAUGUUUCUUAAGAAGAUUUGUUCGUGCAGCUCAAGGAGUCGACGAGGUCCCUUCACUGCAACUAGAGUGCUUGACAAACUAUAUUGCCGAAUUGUCUCUCUUGGAGUACAGCAUGCUUUGUUAUGCUCCAUCACUUAUAGCUGCUUCUGCAAUUUUCCUGGCCAAAUUUAUACUUCUUCCUUCAAAGAAACCUUGGAAUUCCACAUUGCAGCAUUACACCCUCUACCAGCCUUCUGAUUUGUGUCUUUGUGUAAAGGAUCUCCAUCGCCUUUGUUGUAAUAGCCCUAAUUCUAAUUUGCCUGCAAUUAGGGAGAAAUACAGUCAGCACAAGUACAAAUAUGUGGCCAAGAAGUACUGCCCUGCAUCAAUACCUCCGGAAUUUUUUCAGAAUUGAGCAGAGAUGACAGUCCAAUUUCCGGUUGGAUGAUAGGCUUAGAUUGACUUAACUUCUGUCCCGAGAGAGAAGGCACUUCUUCUCUGUACACUGUAUAAUGUAGUUGCCAACCCCUUUCAUCGUAAUUAGAAAUUUUGUAUCUGCUUAUUUUGAUGUGCAUACCGUUGAUGCCCCCACAAAUUCACAAAAAAUCAACGCUUC